CCAGAUGAAACUUUUGGUUGGAACUUGGAACUUUGGGUUAGUCGAUACUCAAGUUAUCAAUUGGGCUUAUUUUUUUUUCUUGACGGUCCAAAUUGUGAAGGCAGAUUAGAGGAUUGGACAUGGCAAUCCAAUCCAGAAGGUAGAAAAAGAGGAGAGAGAAAGUGGGGGAAACCAAAGUGGAAACGAGGAAGACGAGGGAAGAGAGGAUGGAAUUUCCAGCUAUCAAACCUAAGCACAAACUUCAACUCAAUUAUCUCAAAGGAAACGAUCUCAUCACUGUUCCAAAUUUCUUCACGUCUUCUGAGUCGAAGGCUUUUAUCAAAUCUGCUGAGUCACUUGGUUUCACGCACCAAGGGAGUCUUGGGCCAGCUAAAGGUGAAGCUUUUAGAGACAAUGAUCGAACCUCUGUGAAUGAUCCUAAUCUUGCUGAGAUAAUUUGGGAGUCAGGACUUGACAAAUUAUUUGAAGAUAUCAAAAUACGAGGGAGAGUUGCAGUUGGGCUUAAUCCAAAUAUCAGAUUCUACAGGUACAAGGUUGGUCAGCAUUUUGGGCGUCACAUUGAUGAAAGUGUUGAUCUUGGUGAUGGAAAGCUCACCCAUUAUACACUGCUAAUAUAUUUAAGUGGCAGUCCUCAAUCCAAAGGAAAAACUGAUCUGAAAAGCCUUGGUAACACAGAGCCCCUAGUUGGAGGUGAAACAGUCUUCUAUGGUUCAAGAAAUAGUGUGGUGGCUGAGGUGGCUCCUGUAGAGGGGAUGGCACUCGUCCAUAUCCAUGGAGACAAGUGUAUGUUGCAUGAAGCUCGGAAUGUCACCAAAGGGGUCAAGAUGGUGGUUGGCUAUGCUGAUGUCUGAUGAGACGUUAUUAUGGAUUUGUUUCAAGUUGUUCGCAUAGAUGAAAGAUGAGUAGAUCACAUAUAAAGAUUUAUGUAGUGGAGAAUGUGGCAAAAGGCUGAAUUGGACGCAAUAUAUUUUAAUACAAGCAGUUUCAGCCAACAUUAACAUUACCGGCAGUACGCUUAAAGAGGGUCAUGGUAGGGUUGGGGGUGGAGGGUUGGAUGUUCUGGUUGACCUUUGAUCCAAUAUGGAACGGCUGUUUCACAGUAAGCAUGAAGCACAAUCAAUUAAUGAGCCAUUUUAAUUUAGUCCAUUAUAAUCAAAGUGUAGAACAGAAAGCCUUGCCUCCAUUCCAGAUGAAGAACAGAACUUAGAGCCUUGAGAUGCUAAUAGGUACAUGUUUCUUGGAAAAUGAAUUUGAGCUGAUGAUCCAUAGGAUAUUCUGAGCGACACUGAGCAAGUAUUGGCAUGUUAGGCACGACUAGGUUAUAUGACAGGGACUAAGGAUAUAUCGGAGCAUCUGAGCUUCCCCUGGCUGCCUGCUAAGAUAACUAAAAUAUGUAAUGUUGCAACCUUAAUUUUGGUUUUCCUUCUAUAGAGAUGGUUUGAUUGAUAGAUACUAAAUGACAUUGCAUCUCUUCGAUUAAGUUGCUUUCUCAUCCUCCACAUUACUGGAUCUUUUUUUCUUGUUUUUCUGAGCUGCAGCGUGACUACUUUUGCAACUUGACCAUGCAUAUGAGUUUAAGGACCAAAUUUUUUUCAGAAUUUCCCUACAAACUUGAGUUUCCCCUGACUGCCUGCUAGAUAACUAAAAUAUGUAAUAUUGCAACCUUAAUUUUGGUUUUCCUUCUAUAGAGAUGGUAUAUUUGAUGGAUACUAAAUUACUUUGCAUCUCUUUGAUUCAGUUGCUUUCUAGUCCUCCACAGAACUGGAUCGUUUUUUCUUAUUUUUUCUGAGUUGCUACAUGACUUCAUUGGCUGACUUGACUGUGCAUUGAGUUUAAGGACCAUACCUUAUUUCAGUUUUUCCCAAC